CGGGACGGUUGCCUGCAUUCCUCGUUCAGAAUCAGGGACAUUACGAUAUGAAUUUGGUGCUUGCAGCAGACGACGCCAUUGUUAUUUUGGGAAAUAUUUGACAUGGCGACCUUGCAAACACCAUUUGGAAUGUUCGAGUGUGAGAAACAGUCUCUUCGCCAUUAUUCUAGACAGCAAUUAAACCACUUACUCAAACAAUGUAACAAUUGAUUCCUACUCCACCGUCGUGUCGUCUCACAGACAUCAGAAAUGCUGCAGUGACUGGCACUUAACAGGCAGAAGAGACUCAGAAACUGCGGCUGGCGAAAACAAGAAUUCUUUAACAGCUCCUGGAACUCAACACCUACCAAAAUGGAAGACAGAACUAUUUACGACUGGUGUAUUGCUCUUUGUUUGAAUGGUCCAACAACUGCAAGCCCUUACUUAGAUCCCUUGGGCAAACGUCACGUUUCAGUCGGUACUGAGAGUCCUUCGGACCGACCUUUGUAUUCAGUAUGCGGGGUAAACUGCUGCUAGCUGGUGGCAAACCCACUGCCUGGACUCACAAUACUAGUUAUGUUGGUGUAUCAAGAAUCCACAGUGAAACCAGUCCUCCAGCCUUAGGACGUCGAAGGAAAGAAGAUCGCGAAUUUAAGGAAAUAUUAGGUGCCAUAGAAAACAUGCAUCGUAAAGAUAUGCAAUCGUUUAACACCAACCGAAAAUAUCUGGAGAAGUCCAUGCUCGCAUACAGUGAGCGGAUGAGGGAACUUAACAAAGGGAGACGAUCCCUUCCUGUUAUCAUCACACCAGCUUCCGGUGAGAAACCAGUCCUUCCAAAGAAAUUUUCCAAUACCAUUCGACCGGAUGUUGCAUCUCCUGCAUCAGACUUACUCGGAAGCUCUCGGGAAUCUUUUAUGUCUUCGAAUGGUCAUCUGCAUUCUCCACUUCACUCUCAACGCAAACUCUCUCCGAUCUCAAUUUCACGAAAUCACAUUCGCAAAAUGACAUUCCAUGGAAGUGAAAUCGAACGACAUUUACUUUCUCCAAAUAUGCACUCCUUGCGUCAUUCCAUCAGUGGAACUGGAGGUAGCAAACCCUCAAUUUCACUCGAGGGGAACAUACGGACUCGUAAGAUCAGUACUAUUUCUCCACCAGACCAAUCGGAUAUCAGACGGACUAGAGACACGAGAUCAACCGAUAGUGCCUAUGAAAGUUUUAACGGAUCAGAGAUGGAAUACGAACAUCACGACAAGCAUGAACAUAAUGAUGAAAUGGAUGUUGAUGUACAUUCCGUCAGUUCAGUGAAAAUUGCGUGUUUUCCUGAUAUUAACGAGGAAAGAAAGCAAAUUAAUAGUGUCUUCGGUGUUCAUGAUGGACCCAUAGAUCCUACCGAAAAGAAGAAGAAAAUGAGAAAGGUUAAAAAACCUUCAGUGGAGGUAAAGGUAAAAAAGAACAAGUAUCUCAAACGGGCACGAAAACACGAUAAAAGGGAGAAAGAGGAUAUAGCAGAAACAAUCAUCGAAACUUACAUUGAGGAAGAUGACAGGAGAGAAGAAGAAGAGGAAAUUGAUGAAGAACCAGAGAAGAAAAAGAGAGAGAUGUGUUACGGAUUUCGCUACUCUCUUGCUAUUAAAGAACUUCUCAAAAAACCUAAUCCGUUUAAUGUGUCCAAAAAGGAAAUGGUUUAUAAAGUUGAGAUGGAAAAUGGACGCAUAAUGAGCACGCUCGGGCCUGCCGUAUUGAAAGUAGUAGACGUUGACAGGCUCAAUAACAUUAGAGGGGUACCUCUCAACAUCAAACGUGAUGAUCCGUCAAAUAAACGGAAGAAAGCGGCGGCAAACUUGAGCAGAAGUGUGUCGCGUAAUCCUCUUCCGUCUAUUUCACGAGGUGUAUCAAUGGAAGGCAAUCAAGAGGACACAGACAAAGUGAUAGACUUGCCAGAGAGAAUUAAGACUAAAACCUCUCUGUAUGAGAAAUCUUUUGUGUCUUCACAUCAGUCUCCAACCACCGUGAUGGUAAUCGGUGCUGACGGAUAAAAGAUUGUGUUUUGACGAUGCUGCUGUGAAACGAUAACUUCGCAAUAUUGGUGUAACACGAAAUAAACAGUUGUUGUAAAAAGAAUCAUUAGGCAUUAUUGACCUAUAUUUUAUCUUUUAUACAUAAAUAUAUCGAUUAUAUGUUGACAGAAUAAACGCCAUUUUUCAUUAUGUAACAUUAUUUUUUUUUGACAUUUGAUAUACCAUAUUUAGAAUUACGUAUAAGUUACUGCAAAUGCAUUAAAUGUCGAGAACUUCAGCCCAUUUUCCUCAUCGCCCUUUCAAUGUAUUGAUAUUCAUUUGAUAUCUUUUUUAAUUAAGUUUGUUUUUUUGCAAAUAUGCAGUUUGGCAUAUUUUGCUUUAGAAGUCAUAAUCGUACAAUGAAAGCUCUUUGUACAGGUCAAGUAAAGAUUAAUUCUGCACUUUUUAUCAAGUAAGUUUUCCGCAUAAUUGAUAUAAGUAAGCUAUUAUGUAAAACGAACUGAAACAUUGUAGUAAAAAUAUGAACCUUUUUAUCAUGUUUUCUCCCACAGGCCAGUGUGAGAAGAUUAGUGUGAUUUUUAACCUUGGUUCCGCUUUAUAGCACAUUAAUGCUUGAUGCUUUUGAUUUUCUUUAUGUUUUCGUAUAUGUUAGCGCUAAAAGUUUCGUUUUCGUUUAUUUCAAAAGAAAAUCAUUUGAUUAGAAGCGUUUUUGUCUAACUGUUGUGGUAGCCUUGCUUUAAUGUCCUUCGUUUCGUUUCGCAUUUUCGUCUAUGUUUUCGUUCGUGUCUGUAGGGAUCAAUGCUUGUUGAUUUUACUGACAAUGGUUCAUGCUGUGUGGUUAUUGAAACGUUGUAAAAGUAGUUAAGAUAUUUUGUUCUAAGCUAAAAACAGAGUUACAUAAAGACAAGAAAAGAAUAACAAAAACGUUUCAAUAAACAUUUCUUUAACAUGACCUUUUAAACUGAAUUUCAGAAGGACAAAACAAGGUUGCUCUCAUCAGCAAUAUAUAAGCGAACUUUGCCACAUGUUUGCCAUAUUGUACAACUAUGUACUUUUGCUAUGUUAAUGUAUAAUCCGGUAUGCCCUCUUUAAAGUAUGCAAUGGUGAUGGGAAAGAAUACUAGUUAAUUGUAAGAUCAAUCUAUCCAAGCUUAAUCGGAGUCUGAUAAAGUACCAUAGAGGGCUCCUUGUUAGUUAUAGAUUAUCGUAAAACAUGGGCCACCUCUAUAUGGUAACAUCUGCUAGGUGAAUUAGCAGUUGUUUCGUGGUACCUGCCAAUGUAAAUGCAUUUUUAAUGGUAAAGAUAAAGCUCAUUUGAAACUUUGAAAAGUAUUUUGUAUAAACAUGUAUUUUGUUGAAGUUCUCUUUUCAAUUAGCAGACUGAGGUCAUGACUGUAUUUAAAAUUUCAGAUAUUCAAGGUAAUACUAAUAUGGAAAUAUUGAUACAUGUUUUAGAAAACUUCGUAAAUAUGGUGUCAUUUGUAUGUAUCACUGGUCCUUCUAGUCAAAAAAUAGUUUAAUGCAUUCCUUAUGAUUCUUUUUAUGUUUUGUUGAUUGUUCGUAUGUGAUUCCAUGAUAUUAUUGACUAUUAUGUACAUUGUGGCAUAUUUGAUAUAUUUUGUAAAAACAAUAAAUUAUAUUAUGAU